AUGUCCGAAAAGUCAAAGACCAGUUCCCAUUUCAUCGGGGGUCUUGUAGGAGGUUUAACCUCUGCCAUUGCAUUACAACCGUUCGACCUUUUGAAAACCCGAGUUCAACAAGGCGACAGGGCCACAUUGGCAAUUGCAUUGAAAUCCAUUGAGAAUCCUUUACAACUUUGGAAAGGUACCUUACCUUCCGCUUUAAGGACUUCAAUUGGGAGUGCCCUUUACCUUUCGACGCUCAAUCUGGUACGAACUAGCAUUGCGGAAAGAAAACCCGUGGAACAGAGACGUAGUGGUAGCAGUUUCUUACCACGCUUGACCAUGCAUGAAAACUUGCUAUCUGGAGCUUUUACAAGGGCCGCCGUGGGGUUCAUGACCAUGCCUAUCACGGUUGUGAAAGUUCGCUUUGAGUCUACCAUGUACAGUUACCAAACACUGGGACAAGCAUUUCGACAUAUUUAUCAACAUGAAGGAAUUCGCGGGUUUUUCAACGGUUGUGGAGCUACAGUCUUAAGGGACGCUCCUUAUGCCGGUCUUUACGUGCUGUUUUAUGAGUAUUGCAAGAAUAAAGUGCCAGAUUUAUUACCUUCAUCGAUGCUUCAAUUCUCUGACAAAGGCGUCUUCUCUUCCGCUACGUCCACGGUCAUCAACUCUAUAGCGGCAAUUGUAUCCGCGAGUGCUGCGUCCACGGUUACUGCACCUUUUGAUACCAUCAAAACACGCAUGCAGGUGAAACCAACCAAAUAUACCGGUUUCACCAAAUCUGUAUUCACCAUUUUAAAAGAAGAAAGUCCGCGAAAUCUUUUCGAUGGAUUGGGUUUGCGGCUUACCAGGAAAGCACUUAGCGCUGGUAUUGCCUGGGGCAUAUACGAGGAGCUAAUCAAGAGGUUCAUGUCAUGA